CUUCCACAACCAUAUUAUCCUAUGCAGCAUCUCUCCUUAUGCCCUCAUAUAGCACUUCCAAGAGCAUCUCUCACUUUGGCUGUAGGUACUUUUUCUAGUCUCUCAUCUUCUUUUAAUUUUUUUCUUUUCAAGCGAGUGAUUGGCCUUAUUUUUUCUCUUCGUUCCCUCCCCACAUGUCUCAACCGGAUCUUGUACUGAGUCAACUCAGUACGUUGUUUGAGCACACAAAAAAAGCAACGGUCGAAUUCAAAAGUUCUCAAAUCACAAGAAAACAAAGAAAAAGAACAGAACUUCUCAAACCGAAUCAAAUCGAUUUUGUGGUUAUAGUAACUGAAAACCCUGUGUUCUUGAAAGAUAACGAGAAGGCGUAUCUAAAAUUUUUAACCCAAUAUUCUCACUCUCAAGUCUCAACUGGUUCCAAUGAUAGUUCAAGUGGAGGCUUCCUUUGCAUCUCCAUUCCAAUUUAAAAACGUCGCCUUGCAACCUCUUCACGUACUCUUCUUCCACGCAGAGCCGCUAGCCCUUGAACCUCCUACUCUGUUUCAAACUUCCUCUAUUGGUGGACGAAAGAGAAGCUUCCUCAAAUCCGAUGGAAGCCGCUAUUAAAGUGAGUGGUGGUGGUGGGACGACAGAGUCCAUGGAUGUCUUGGAUCAAUACUCCAACUCUAUAGAAGAUGUGUCCUGUACUACUUUCAACAUUCUCGCUCCCAUCUAUAAGCGAUUGAAUGGUUUGAACUGUGAGAGCGAGUUCAGGGAGUAUUGGCUUAGUCGUAAUGAGAAAAUUUUGGAGGGCCUACUACACCGAAAAUCCUCGAUUAUAUGCAUACAGGAAUUUUGGGUCGGGAAUGAAGAGCUUGUGGGAAUGUAUGAGCGGCGACUCAGUGAUGAUGGUUAUGCAACUUAUAAGCUUGCAAGGACAAACAACCGUGGUGAUGGUCUGCUUAUUGCAGUUCACCGAAACCACUUCCAAGUUUUGAAUUACAAAGAAUUGCUAUUCAAUGAUUUUGGUGACCGUGUGGCUCAACUUCUGCAUGUUGAACUGAUUAUGAACUUCAAUCAAAACAAAAAUUUUAACAUUAAGAAGGAAGCUCUCAUAGUGAAUACACACUUAUUGUUUCCACAUGACUCCCGCUACUGCUUCCCUCGGCUACAGCAGGUCUACAAGAUUUUGCAGUACAUUGAAUCAUAUUGUGAAGAAUACCAGCUUCCACAUGUGCCUAUCAUCCUGUGUGGGGACUGGAACGGGAGUAAAAGGGGCCAUGUCUAUAAAUUUCUGUGCACACAAGGCUUUGUAUCAUCUUAUGAUAUUGCUCAUCAUUGCACUGAUAGUGAUGAAGAUGCCUGUAAGUGGGUUAGUCACCGUAACCACAGAGGAAACAUAUGUGGAGUGGAUUUUAUAUGGCUUUGUAAUCCUAACAAUCAUCGGAUGCCAUUGAAGGAAAGCUUCAUGAAAGCCGUUCUUGGGAAUAUAAAGAAUCAUCUUCAUGAUCAUGGCAGCUACAUCACUUAUUCCCAAUUCCUUCAAACUUUCAGUCAGUUGGGCCUAACCAGCCAUCCUUUUAAUGUCCUAAGUACUGAAGAAGUAAAGGAUUUGUGGGACCAUGUUGACACUAAUGGAGAUGGGGUGAUUGAAUAUUCACUCUUGAAUAGUGAAUGGAAGUCACAGGCAUUAAGCCAGCAAAAAGAGAAUAGUGAUGAAUCUAAACAGAGAGGAACAAAGGGAACUGUGUCAAACACUUCAACUACUAUAGGUUUCAAAAUUAAGAAUGCUGUCCUCUUUCCUCCUGAAGUUGAAAAAGGGCUAUGGCCUGAGAAUUAUUCCCUGUCAGAUCAUGCACAUCUCACCGUGGAAUUUUCCCCGGUGACAAUACAGUGUUGUUGAGCAUUGUUGAAAAAUUACGUGCUAGCUGAUAUGAGUGGUAGUAAUUUUGUAAUCACUUUAAAUAUUCCGCUAAUUGUGUGAUUAACUGUCUUAAUGGUUCUUUAUGAUUUCUGACACCGGGGUUGAAGAAAUGAGAUUGUUAGUAAGCUUCUACAGUCCAAUGUUUUUGCAAAGACAAUCAAUGGUUAGGGGACCAUAAUGGCAUUGUUUGAGGGGAUAUCGGGUAUGCAUGCUUUGCUUUGUUACCUGUACUUGUAAUCUUCAUGCAAGCAUCCUUUCUGUCUUCUGAUUA